AUGAGGUUGGCGGGUGAUCAUAGACGUCUUCAAUUGAAUGAACUUGACGAGUUAAGGACUGAAGCAUAUGAGAAUUCUCGAAUUUACAAGGAGAAGACGAAGGCAUUUCAUGAUAAGCUAAUUGCCAAGAAGACCUUUGAAGUUGGCCAGAAAGUCCUCUUUGAUUCUCGACUUAAGUUGUUUCCGGGUAAACUUCGCUCUCGUUGGCGUGGACCAUUUGUUGUUACUAACGUUUUCUCUCAUGGUGCAGUUGAAAUUCAGAACCCAAAAACAGGGAGCACUUUUAAGGUGAAUGGGCAUCAGCUUAAGCCAUACCUUGAGCUGGUCACAGAGCGGUUGGUGGAGAAUGUACCUCUCCUCGACCCUGACGUUAGUGCAUGA